AUGGAUUCCACUGAUGGAAAAGAAAACGGCGGUCCAGAAGGAUACCAACUUAAUGAGAUUAUGUCAGGCAUAUCCAAUAUUCUAAACACUCUUGCAAAUUUCAUGUUGAGACUAGACAGUCAAGGUCGUCAAAUGGACGAACUCGCAAAAGAAGUCCAGGGUCGAGAUGGCAUUCAAGAGCGUCUAGAGCUAGUUCAAGAACAAGCUAAUGAUACUGUUUAUUCUGUAACUGAAAUAAAUAAUUCACAAGAAAUUAUGUCCAGAGAGAUUAGCCGCCUCAAAGACUAUGUCAUUAAACUAGAAUUUAGGGUUAAUGUACAAGAGAAACAAAUUCUGGAACUGGAUCUAGGCGUGGAAGAAGUUGAUUCGUUCCAUAUUCUCAACCUUUUUAGACUGGGAGAAAAAGACCCUACGCACAAGAGAAAAUAUCCAAGACCCAUCUGUAUCCAGUUUGGAUAUAAAACUCACAAAGACAAAGUAAUGAGUAGAGUGAGGGUCUUGAAAGAAAAGAAAUCCCAUAUCCGAUUGGCUGUCCAACAACCCGAAGAAAUACGCAAAAAAAGGAAACGUAUGUACGAUAUCCAAAAAAAGUACUCAGCCAAAAAUGUAGAAACAAAAAUAAAAGGAGACAAACUGAUUUUCACCAAAAGUGGAAACGUUUAUCGGGACAAAACAGGAACUAGACCAACAGCCGAGGAAGUCAUCUCAGGUGACCAGGUGAAGAUAACGGUAAACAAGGGCAAACACAUUGAAGACAACCAAAACCGGUUCGAGUCGCACGCCACGUCAGUGAAUUCGUACAAACAGGUCAAAGAGUCGCUGAUCGAAAUACUCAGGCUGCCAACAGUAUCCAGCGCAAGUCACAAUGUGUACGCCUACCGGUUCGCAGGCAGUGAUGGUAUGGUACAUGAGGGUUCUGAAGAUGACGGCGAGCAUGGGGCGGGGAGAACUCUGCUUAGCGCCAUGAACGACAACGGAAUCCAGAAUGCGCUGAUUGUGGUCUCCAGAUGGUUCGGAAACAAAAUCGGUAUGCGUCGCUUCACCCAUAUCGUUGAUGCGGGUUUGAGCGCCGGGAAAAACACAAAUCCGUCCUAGCCAAAAUGUGUUGACGUUGAAUGCAAGUGCGUAAGCACUGCUACAUACAUGUACUUACAUGCGAGUUUUUCUCUUCGACAUUCCGUUCACUGAUGUAAUCAUAUUUUACGUGCUUUGGAUUUAUUAAUUAAUUCUUCAACUGAUUGAAAUUGUAUUUAUCUAUUCAUAUAUAUACUUUUUUUGUAUUUAUCUACAUGUAUUAAUUUUCUGAAACAUGUUUUUGAUUUUUCAAAACAUUCCGGAAUUUAAUGAGCUACUUUUUAUCUACCCGUGAAUUGAUUAAUUUACUCAUAAUAGAGAUACUCAUUUUUUGUAUUUCCGAAUUUACUAACC